AUGGAGAAUAGUGUCGAAACAAAUUCACAGAAGAAGUACGUUACUCACAGAAGGACGAUCGAUUUGAGUUCGCCUUAUAACAAACUAUAUUUCUAUAAAAGGCAUGGUUUGCCACUACCUGUUAUUGAGCCUGAAUCUUCUUUUACAUCUAAUAUGAUGCCGCCAGAUGCCUAUGUAAAUAAUGCAACGAGAACAAUAAACACUGUGGAUAAGUUCACACAUUUGAGUUCAAAUAAAGUAAAGCAUGUCAUACCCGCAAUCACAUGGACACCAGAAGGGAGAAGACUCGUGGUGGCGACGUAUAAUGGGGAAUUCUCUUUGUGGAAUGGAUCGUCUUUCAAUUUUGAGAGUUUAAUGCAAGCCCACGAUUCCGCUGUGACUACCAUGAAGUAUUCCAAUGCUGGCGAUUGGAUGGUUAGCGGUGAUACUGAUGGUAAUAUAAAAAUAUGGCAGCCAAACUUUAAUAUGGUUAAAGAAUUAGAAAAUGCUCAUACUGAGUGUAUACGAGAUAUAUCUUUCAACAAUGCAGAUUCAAAAUUUGUCACUUGUUCAGAUGAUAAUAUUUUGAAAAUAUGGAACUUCAGUAAUGGUCAACAAGAAAGAGUAUUAUCGGGUCAUCAUUGGGACGUUAAGAGUUGUGACUGGCAUCCAACCAUGGGUCUUAUUGCAUCUGCUUCUAAGGAUAAUUUAAUCAAAUUAUGGGAUCCAAGAUCAGGAAAUUGUGUCUCCACGAUUUUGAAAUUUAAACAUACAGUUUUGAAGACAAGGUUUCAACCAACAAAGGGUAAUUUAUUAGUGGCAAUUUCUAAAGAUAAAUCAUGUCGUGUUUUUGAUAUCAGACACAGUAUGAAAGAGCUUAUGGUCGUGAGGGACGAAGUUGAUUAUAUGACUUUACUAUGGCAUCCAAUAAAUGAAUCAGUAUUCACAGUAGGAAAUUACGACGGGUCUUUGAAACAUUUUGAUAUAUUACAGGAUCUAAGUAACCCCACACAUUCGAUCCCAUUUGCGCAUGAUAAAUGCAUUACAUCAAUGUCAUACAAUGCUAUGGGAACUGUAUUAGCAAGUGCAUCAAAGGAUAGAACCGUGAGGUUUUGGACUAGAGCUAGACCUUUUGAUCCAAAUGCAUAUGACGAUCCAACUUAUAAUAAUCAAAAAAUUAAUGGAUGGUUUUUCGGUAUCAAUAAUGACAUUAAUGCAAUCAGAGAAAAAUCGGAAUUUGGUGCCGCUCCUCCUACAGCUGUAGCAACAGAUGGUCCAGUUGUAAAUAGAAGUUAUUCUAAGCCUGUUACGAAUUUUAACAAUACUCCAGAGUCAAUUUUACCUGGGUUGGACAAUAAAAGUACUAAAACUACACUUCCUGGGUUAGGUUAA